UCGCCUCGUCUUCCUUCGUCCUCUGUCGCCGCCGAGAUGCUGCUGGCUCGCGCUCUCCGCCCGGCCGUGGCCGCUUUGGCGCUCCGGCCCCUCCAAGCGCAGCUGCGCCUCGCCGCGCCUCGCCUGCCCGCCGCCCUGGCGCCCGCCGCGGCCGCCCGCCCCUUCACCCGCUCCUUGUGGCUGCUGUGCGGCGACGGGCAGGGCCGAAGCGGUCUCCUGCGCGGUCCCCGGGCCUCGCCCUCGCUGGCCUGCACCUGCGGGGGGCUCCACACCGAGGGUGAUAAAGCUUUUGCAGAGUUUCUGACAGAUGAGAUUAAGGAGGAGAAGAAAAUCCAGAAAAACAAAACUUUGCCUAAAAUGUCCGGCGGGUGGGAGCUGGACGUUCAGGGCACAGAAGCCAAGCUGGUUCGGAAAGUUGCCGGAGAAACGAUCACCAUUUCCUUCAACAUCAACAACAGCAUCCCUCCCAGCUUUGAUGAGCCCCAGGAAGGACAGAAAUCUGAAGAGCAAGAGCCUGAGCUGACCUCGACCCCGAAUUUUGUCGUUGAAGUGACCAAGGAUGACACCAAACAGACGCUUGUCCUAGACUGCCAUUAUCCUGAGGACGAGAUUGGUCACGGUGAGGAAGAAGAGAACGACAUUUUCGCCAUCCGGGAGGUGAGCUUCCAGCCUACAGGAGACUCAGAGUGGCGAGAAAAUAAUUACACCCUCAACACGGACUCUCUCGACUGGGCCUUGUAUGACCACUUAAUGGAUUUCUUGGCGGACCGAGGAGUGGACAACACAUUUGCGGAUGAGCUGAUAGAGCUCAGCACAGCUCUGGAGCACCAAGAAUACAUUCGAUUCCUCGAAGGUCUGAAGCAGUUUGUGAAAUGCCAGUAGGCCCCGAAACCAAGGGGAAGGCCUCAGCCCUGCGGAAUGGGGCUCCGUUUCCUGUGCUUUUACCCUUAGGUGCUGGACUCUUGUUUGGAAACCCAGGCGAUGAGACACAGAGAGAGAGAGAGUUGAUAGUCUGAAACAUUCAUCGUGGUUGGAAAAUGUAAACACUUGGAGAACUUGGUGAUGGCUGACUGGCGUGGUGAAGUCCAGCUCUCACAUUUGAAACACGCCUGCUGUUCUUGGAAGUGUGAAUUUUUGGGUGGAUUUUGUACAAUUUGAAGAAAGAAGGAAGGAAAAUAAAUGCAACUGAACACCUUGCCUGUA